UCCUAAGAAGAAGAAGAAGAAGAAGAAGAAGAAGAAGAAGAAGAAGAAGAAGAAGAAGAAGAAGAAAUCUCUCAGAUUUUAUUUUAUAAAAUCUGAAUUCACUCUCUCUAGCCUCCUCCCCAGGAACUUUUUUUACAUUAUCAACAACUAAAAAGAAAUCAGAAAAUGUAAAAUAUAUAUGACUGAGAUAAUAACCAUAGCCCUAUGGAGAAUAAGUCUAAUCCUUUUCUUUAAAGCUCACAAUAGCCCUUACCAUGUCCUGUUGCUAUGGGCUUCAUAAGUUAAUCAUCAUUAAUUAAGACAUCCUGUUUCAUGUUCGUCCUAAACAUCCCAGCAAUUGAUUUAAUCUGAUGGUCUCUUGAGGGAGGAAGCAGUCUGUUAUAAAUGUAUAUGGUUUCUUCACCAGACAGUGUGGUCAGAAAACAUGCUUUGCAUGUUUAUAUACUAGACAUAUAGAUUUCAAAAGUUUGUGUUUAUAUUUUUGUUUGUGUUUAUAUUUUCCACAGGUGGACCACUUUUUCUGUUCUGGAAAUAUCAAUUCAUAUAUCAUGAAACAUAAUUAUAAGAGGAAUAAAUGUAUAAAUGCACAUACAGUGGCAGAUUGGAACCAGUCUUUGGUUGGCACAAUGUAGUGUUAGCCAAAUUAUAGAAUCUUCCAAGGAGAGCCUUUUUGUAUAGAUGCUAUAUGUAAUUUGAAUAUUGGAAGCGAGAACAUGUUAUUUUGUACAGUCAUUUAAGAUCUAUACUGUGCUAGUUCCUGAACAUGGUCAAUACAUCAAUUCUGCUUCCUGAAAUUGCAAGCCAGAUCUAAAUCACAGCCUGAGCCUUGCAGGCAUGUUAUCAUGGAAAGCUCUCCAUUGGUAUUGACAGCUGGUGCACUCAACAGCAAGACUAUGAAGCAGGCGGCCCAGUUCUCUUGCCACCCUGCAGGGUGUGUGACAUUGGGAAUUUCUGUAAUGGAAAGGUUAGAAACAAGUAGCAAUUGUUAAAAUAGAUUACCAGGGCUUGGCUUGUACAUAUAUAGACAAGACCAAGGGCAGCACUGGACUAAUAUAUAUUUGUUGGGUUGCUUUUAGGUGGUAGCAUUUUCUAAAUAGAAGGGACCAAUUUGAAAUUACAGCACUAUUCCCUCAUAGUUGUGUGGAUAUAAUUCAGCAGUGCUGUUUCACAUACAUAUUUCCCGUCUGUACAUGGACUAUGAAGAGGAUGAUGAUCUUUCCUUUGCAAAAUGGAUGAGUAGUUUCUGGGGCCAUAGUGUGACUGAUGAAAGAGAGAGUAGAGCACAGAAGAAGCAGCAGACAAGAUCGCUGAGUGAAAGGAGAGCCUCUCUUCCGGCCAAGCUUUCUUCCAUCCAUAUGACAAGGCUUCAUGGUUCUACCAAGAUCCCAUCCUCGGGCCACCUAAAAGAACUGCAAGAAGAUCAAGAUACAAAAUGCCAUUGUCAUAUGAAGGCAAGCAAAAAAUCCUCAAAUGGUAAUUCUUCCCAGGGGACAAGUGGACCAAACAGUAGAUCAAACUCCAUACAGGAAUUUUCAGAAUCCUUUGAGAAGCAACUGCAUUUCAAAAACAAGCGCUCAGUUUCUUUGGAACCUGAAGGGAUGAAAGAGAGGAGAGAAAGAGAAAAACUGCAUAUUCCCAAGAGCAGGUCUCAUAAGAAAGCGGGAGAAAAGAAGGAGCCAAAGAGAGAGCAAGGUGAAGGAGAACACAACACAGAAUUUGCAGCAGGGAAACAUAGUUAAUAAUUUCCUGAUACCCAGGAAUAAAGAGGAAAUGUGUUUGCAUCCAUUAGGAUAGACUGACUUUUUAAAGAAAUGACAGUAUAAAAUAGAUUCUGACACUUAGUUUUUAUUCCCUAAAAUUGCAAGUGUUAUAUAAGUAGAACAAAGCAUAAAUGUUAAAAUUAAAAUACUUUGUAUUCCUUUGAAGCUGUUUGUAUAGACUUGUUAAAAAACUGCUACAAUCAGAAACAUUUAUCUAACAAAAGUGAGCAAUAAAUUGUCAGACAACCAUUCAAUGUGUUAAUUUACAAACACAAAUAUAAAUAUGAAAGGCUUGAUGGUUGUGCUAAGCCAUAUGAAGAUGGCUUUUGUUAAAGUUGGAAGCUGAGCAAAGAUUCAGCAGUAGGCUCAUGAAAGAAGAAGAAUCAUCCAUACCUACUGACUACUGACUUGUGCUGCAUGAUUUUAAGUUUCAUAGAUAACAAUACAGUGGCACCUCAGAAGUUGAAUGAAAUCCGUUCUGGAAGUCCCUUCGACUUC